GAAUAAAUGUAGGAAGUCUUAAAUAUCUCUCCCAAUUUCUUCCCUUUCUCAUUGAGGCUUGAGCUUUGCCCUUCUUCUUUUUCCAGCGGUAAUAUUAUCUCUCCCCCUUUCUUCUUCUUCCUCUUAAACCCUAAACCCCAAAUCGGCAGCAUUAACAGCACCUUACAAUCCAUUUCUAAGAAUACUAAAAAACAAGAAAGAAAGAAAGAUGAGAACCCUAGACGAACAAGAAACGACGACUGUUUUCGAGAAGCUGUUCAAAUUCGUGGGAAACAACCUGAAAAACAUAGUUGACAACCCAUCCUACGAAGGGCCGGCCCAAGACCCGAGCCCACGUCGGUACUGUUUCCGUCUCCAGAAGAAUCGGGUCUACUACGCCAGCGAAUCUCUUGUGAAACGCGCAACGAACGUUUCGAAGGAGAAACUGGUUUCGUUGGGAGUACAAGUUGGGAAGUUCACCCACCAUGGAAGUUUCCAUCUUACGAUUCACGCACUCCCUUUGCUGGCCGCCAAUGCUAAGCAUAAGGUAUGGCUUAAACCCACCUCUGAGAUGUCAUUUUUGUAUGGAAACUCUAUUUUGAAGGCUCAUUUAGGCAGGAUUACUGAAGAUAUUAAUGCUGGUGAUGGUAUUGUUGUUUAUUCUAUGUCUGAUCUUCCCUUGGGUUUCGGCAUUGCCACUAAAUCCACCAAAGAUGUCCGUAAAUCGGACCCGCAAGUUAUGGUGGUUAUUCAUCAGGCUGAUAUUGGUGAGUAUUUGAGGAUGGAGGAUGAACUUUGAUUUUAAUUCAAACAUCAUUACAAGAUCAUUGAAAUGUGCAAUUCUAAUAUUUAUAUUAUGCCUGUGUUUCAAUUUUUGAUAUUAGUGGGUGAAUUUAAAGGCAGUUUGUGCCUUUUUUUAGGAGUUGUUGGCCUAUGUUGGUACCCUGCUCUUGUAUGAGGUUCGUUUUAUAUGUGAUCAGUGCUUGAACUCAUCUUUUACUAAUACUGGGUUUAGUAUGGUGAACAUGAUGAUGAUAUUGAUAUUGAUAUAUUAGCUCAUCUCAGUGAUGGUUACUUCA